GCUUUAAUACAGCUGGGACAUAACACACACACACACGCAGCACGGAGAGGAGCAGCGAUGGCAGCACACACUUCUGCUACACACCGCGGGCAUUGGGAUUUCUGUACAAAUUUCGGAAUGUGACUCCUCAAUGCUGCUGCUUAAAAAAAAAAUCGUAUUAAAUUUGUCGUCAAACGCCAGCGAUGUGAUUCAUUCGCUGCGUGCAAACGGAAUAUGCACGUCGUUUUCUCGGUAUUGUACUGAUGUAGGCUGCCGAUUGCACAGUGAUUAACACUAAGGCUCUUGCAGUUUAAGCUUGAAAUCGUAAAAUCGCAAAAAAAAAAAAAAAAAAAAAAACCAACCCAAAAAAAAAAAAAAGCGCCGUGCACUGCCAGCACGAACAUUUUGUUCGUCGUCGCGCGAACUGAAGCAUCCUUCCAGCACUGGGAGGAUCCGCGCGGGGAAAACGGCACACGCACGCACGCGCGCGCGCUCAGAGGAUGCUCCGGCUGUAAAAACACAAAUUUAACCAUGGGCAAAGAUCAGGAACUGCUCCAGGCCGUGAAGACCGAGGAUUUAAUCACGGUACAGAAACUCCUGCAGAGGCCCAAACCCGGCAAAGCAAAGUUGCUCGGUUCUGCCAAGAAGGUGAACGUUAACUUCCAGGACACAGAUGGAUUUUCUGCGCUCCACCAUGCUGCCCUCAAUGGGAACCUGGAGCUCAUCUCUCUGCUGCUGGACUCUCAGGCCAUGGUGGACAUCAGGGACCAGAAAGGCAUGCGUCCUCUACACUAUGCUGCAUGGCAGGGGAAAUCUGAGCCAAUGAAGAUGUUACUAAAAUCAGGCUCAUCGGUUAACACACAGUCAGAUGAGGGACAGAUUCCCCUUCACCUGGCUGCACAGCACGGACACUACGAUGUGUCUGAAAUGUUGCUUCAGCACCAGUCAAACCCGUGCAUAAUGGACAACGCAGGGAAAACGCCGCUGGACCUUGCGUGUGAAUUUGGACGAGUCGGAGUGGUUCAGCUCCUCCUGAGCAGUAAUAUGUGUGCUGCUCUUCUGGAGCCAAAACCAGGAGACUCGACUGAUCCGAACGGCACCAGUCCACUCCACCUUGCCGCCAAAAAUGGACACAUCGACAUCAUUAGGUUAUUGAUCCAGGCUGGCAUUGACAUUAACAGGCAGACUAAAGCGGGCACUGCUCUGCAUGAAGCGGCUCUGUGUGGGAAAACCGAUGUGGUGCGCCUCCUGCUGGAUAGUGGCAUUAAUGCGACGGUGAGGAACACAUACAGCCAGACGGCGCUGGACAUCGUCUACCAGUUUACUGCCACUCAAGCUAGCCGAGAGAUCAAACAGAUGCUACGAGAUGCAUCUGCGGCUCUGCAGGUCAGGGCUCUUAAGGAUUACUGCAACAACUACGACCUGACGAGCCUCAACAUUAAAGCAGGAGACGUCAUCACGGUGUUGGAGCAGCACUCUGAUGGACGGUGGAAAGGCUGCAUCCAUGACAACCGAACAGGAAAUGACAGAGUCGGCUACUUCCCUUCGAGCAUAGUGGAGGUGAUUAGCAAGAGGCCGGGUGCUACAGUUAUUUGUACUGAACAGUAUCACACUAUCGCGCCGGCGAGUGUGUGUGUGUCUCCCGCCGUCGCCAUGGUGAACGGAGAAUCGUGUCAUUUCCUGCCACUAUCCCAUCAGCCACUUUUCACUUCCUUUGGCUAUAAAAGUUCACAAAACAGCUCGGCCGAGCCGAUCAGCCAGAAAGGUUCUCGGGGUUCAGAUUCCUCCGGAGGGCCACAGGGGGGCAGCACUGAGGAAAUCUGGGUCCUGCGCAAACCUGCAGCAGGUGGGGACCGCAGCAGUGUGAGCAGUUCGAGCAGCGCUCGCUCGUCAGGCAGCGGACAGAGCAACACACACAUCCUUCAUGCUCAUGCAGAGGGAGUAAAGCUUCUUGCCACAGUUCUCUCUCAGUCAGCGAAGGCUAAAGAGCAUCUGUUGGAACAGUCCAGAUCUGUGGAUUCACCCAUAACUACAAAUAAAGCUCCCACCUCCCGCAGUCAGAGUGUGUCCAGCUGUCCUGUCCAUGAGCCGCAAUACACAGAGAGGAAAGGAGAUGAGGGGAAGACUUCAGAGGCCGUUAUUGAAUGGCUGAGCGAAUUUCAGCUGCAACUCUACGCACCAUACUUCAUCAGCGCUGGCUAUGACAUUUACACCAUUAGCAGAAUGACCCCAGAGGAUUUGACAGCGGUUGGUGUGACUAAACCGGGCCACCGCAAGAAAAUGCUCUCAGAGAUCAAUAAGCUCAGUGUCACAGAGUGGACACUUGACCAAAAACCCGCUAAUCUCUGCGAGUGGUUAAACAUUAUUGGACUGAGUCAGUAUCACCAGAUUUUGGUCCAAAAUGGCUAUGAAAACAUCGACUUCAUCACAGACAUCACGUGGGAGGAUCUGCAGGAAAUCGGCAUUACCAAACUCGGCCAUCAGAAGAAGCUCAUGCUUGCUGUAAAGAAGCUAGCUGAACUCCAGAAAGGCUCAGAAAAGCGAAACAUGACUCGUAAAAAAACACAGGAGUCAACAUCCAUUGAGUGCCCUCCCCCUGAGUGUACUUCUCCCAAACCGAGCACCUUCCAGGAGAAAGAGCCGAACACUGAGAUUGCGGACGGGUCUGAAAAGGAGGCACGUACAGUUCGCCAGAACAGUGGGGGUGGACAGAGGGGAAGCGUUUCAUCGGUGCACCCAAAACCUCGCCAGUCUUACUCUCAAGGUCCGCCGUAUACACCGCCGCAGACUCCAACCAAAACAAAACCCCCUUCAUCACCCAAAAAUGGAGCUCAGAUCAUGGACAAACCCAUUUCAUCUCCCACACACAGGGCGUAUCAGGAAGCAGGAAGGAAGGAGGAAGUGCAAAUGGAUGUGACACCCCAUUCUGCAGCACCCAUAUCUGUGCCUCAAAUUCUCCUGCCACCAGAGGGCAACGAAUCUGGUAAACAGGAACAAGAAAUGAAAAAGCGUGCGAACAGCCUAAACCGAUAUGAUGGUGAGCAGGAGCGCAAUGAGGCUGACAUGGCGAAUGCGAACACUACCGUGCAGCGCCGCGUCAGCCGGAGCAACUCCGUACGCAACCAGAGCGACAAAAAUAAUGACAAAAAUGUCAAAAAUGAGAAAAAUGUGAACCGGGGCAGCCAAUCCUUUGCUCUGAGGCAGAAGAAGAAAGGCCCUCCUCCUCCACCACCAAAGCGCUCUAGCUCAGCCAUCUCGAGUUCCAGCACCAACCUAAAUGACAUGCCCAAAGACACGGGUACUGGAAACCUUCUGGAUGUCAACUACAACCCACAGAGACGAGCCAGCGCUGUGGAAACGGGUGUCACUGUGGAGACGGGAUGCGGUGGUGCCGUGGAGACAGGCAGUGCGGGCAGCGUCAGGAGUAUCGCCGCCAUGUUGGAGAUGUCGUCCAUCGGAGGAGGAGCAAAAGGACUUGCCAUGCAGAGAUCUACAGCCCAUUAUCUACAGGUGUCUCAAUCAGGAGGAAGGCAGUAUGAUGCAAUUGGUUUGGAUGGAGAAGUUGUGAAUCGCCGCAGGACCAUCAGUGGCCCAGUGACAGACCUUGUAGCAGCUGCUAAGAAAAAAUCGCAACAAUCCGAGCCAGUACCGGUUCAGACUACAGCACAGAAUGAAAUUCAGGCCAAACCACUGGCUGAGAACCCGCCUUUUGCUGAGGACAGAAACCUAACUGUUAAAACAAAGCCGAAGCAAAGUGAGGACGGCAGGGGUACCAUCCAACUUCCACCACGGGAGGAUUCUUCAAACACUGAUGGCUCUAAAAAGAGGACCUGGAGCUCCAAGCCACCUCAGGAUGAAGCCAGAUUUUACCUCACAGAGUCAAACACUGUCAAACGGAGGCCCAAGAUCAGAGAGAAGGAAUCUGAGGAUGAGACAAUUUAUCAGAAUGGAACUGGCACUAUUAAGAGACGCCCGGUUUCUGAUGUUACUGUCUCUGAACAGCCCAGAUCGGCCGAGAAGCCAGUGGAGAACGCACCUCGGAGAGAGAAAUCAGAUCUGGAUGGACAAACUGCACCUGGUAAAACAGCUAAGCCUCCAGUGUCUCCUAAACCCGUCCUCCAUAACGUGAAGAGACAGGACACUCCAGCUGCAGUGACCAAUAAAGGCGCCUUUCCUGGAGCUCCUGGCAGCCCAGGUACUACACAGUGUGGCCCUUUCUCUUGCCCUGUCUUUACCCAAUUAUUUGAAGGGAAGAAAGUCCCUCCUCCGGUUUCUCCGAAACCCACUCCUCCACCCACAGCUCCCAAACCUAAUAAAAAUAUCAUUCAGAAAGUUGCCGUGACUUCACUGGUGUCACCUGCCACCAAUCAGACCGUCACCAUAACAACCGCCACACCACCUGUCACGCCCCCUAAUGCAGCAAAAACACCAACAUCACCAGCUCAAAGUCCACAAACUCCACAGACUCCCAUAACUCCACCCAUUAAACCACCUCGCUCCUCCAUCGGGGGUGUGUCUAUGGACGCUGGGGGCGGGGCUCCACAGACGGCAGAAGUCGCUGGGGUGACGAGUGUGGAUGCGGUGCAUCAGAAGAUCGAGGAGACAAGUGCAUCACUCGCUGCAGCGCUGCAGGCUGUGGAGGAGAAAAUCAAAGAGGACAGGAAUAACGACUUGUCAGCCGAGAACAAGAGCACAGUGAGCAUCCUGGACGACAUCGGCAGCAUGUUCGACGACUUGGCCGAUCAGCUGGAUGCCAUGCUGGAGUGAAGAGCACAAUACCAGAAGAGCAACAAGGGCACAAAUGAACCUACUUAAUCACCCUACACUAUCCUCUCUUCCUUCUUUUCAUUCCCCAUUCCAAUAAUCCUCUCUUUCUCUCCAUCCGCCUCUGGUGCACAGCCUUUAAGCGGAGGCCGAACCUUUUAUUCUCUCAAACGAUCAGCGAGGGGACGUCGAUUUCUGCCUGUCGUGCGUCUCGCCUAGCAACCUGCUAAUGUAUAUGAAAUGAUUAUUAUGGUAUGUGCACAUUGUGUAAGCAUGAGACACGUUUUUAAUCUCUAAAGAACAAAGUCUCACAGUGCGAGACCUGCAUCAAUCAGUACAGUAAUAUAUAUAUAAAUAUAAUUAUAUAUAAAGAAAUAUAUAUAAAUAUUUUAUUUUGUUUUUAUUCCAUGGUAAAUGCAGUGUUAUGUGCAGAACCUCUAUAAUGACACCUUUUCCUUUUUUUAAAAAAAAAAAGCUUAGUGUUGGAUGUGUGCUGGUUUUCAGUGAUCAGAGUUAACAUUUUGCUUUGUGUGUUUUUUUUUUGUGUUUGUUUGUUUUUUGGCUUGUUUUGCUGUGUCCUUUGACCUCACCUACUGCAGAAUGGAUGCCCCAAGGCUGUGUCCCAAAUGCUAGUGUUUGAUCAAACCAUUCCUACUGAAGAGACAACUUUGCACUGUCAUGGCCUAUUUCAGGGCUAAUUAUUGGUUAGCAUACAUGAUUAGUGCUCUUCAUAUACCCUGAUAGAGGACACUAAACACAUGACCUCCAGAGCUAUUCUGUUUCAUUACGUCCUCAUUCUCAGUGUUAAACUGGACCCACGUAGUGCAUUAUUAGACGGUAACACAUUGAAAUAACCACUACGAAGAACCGCCUCGCUAAGGCAGACGUUCUAGUAAGAACACUUACUCCAACGAUUGGCACAGCGUUGACAUCGGCCCCUCUAGCGCCACCUCAUCCUACAGUGUCUCGUUGAUUCGUGUGCCUUAACACGACCAGUGACCUAACACAGAAACACACACACACACACACACACCGAUCACGUACAAUAACCAAGAACAUAAUCUACUAAGCAUUUCAUUAUAACUUAAAUAUUUAAUUAUUACGUAGUACACAUUGUUAUAUUAUAGAUGUUUUCCAGAAAAACGUUAUUAUAAUGAUGUGUGUGCACCAUAACGAGGGCUUUUAGGUGGAUUUUCAUUUUUUAUAUAUAUAUAUACACACACAUAUAAAUAGGAAUUUAAAUGACUUGUAUUGUAAUUUAAUGAAUUACGUUGUACAGACAUGUGCCAGUACUCGGUUAUAUAUCACGAUAUUCAACAAUAUUGUUAUUGUGGAAACUGAACUAUCAUUACAGCACCUUGGUUAGGCGGCGUACGCAAUGCCAGUGUCCUGGUUGAAAGGUUGAAAGGACAGUUGUCUCACUAAGUCCCUUAUUUCGGAUAAAGCAGCAGAAAGAGCAUGCAAUAGUAAUAAACACUUCACAAUAUUAUUGCGAUCUGUGAUGACGCUGAUUAUCGUGCUAUAGAAACAGAAUAUCGGCACGUGCCUAAAAUGUGUAAUGUUACUUUUUUAAUGUAUGUGCCUUGUCCAUCUUCUGUUCUUCUUUUUUUUUUUUUAGUGUGAUUGUGUAGAAACUGUACAGAGACAUGAGUUAUUGGGUUGUUUUUUUUAAGCUUUGUAAAUAGCAAAUUGCAUUGCUUAAUUCUUUAACAUUUUAAAAUGCCCAUUUUUUUUUUUUAAUUUUUAUUGCAUUUUAUUCAUCUUUCAGAUUCUAAAAAAAAAUUAUGUGCAAAAUAUUAUAUAUAUAUAUAUAUAUAUUGGUUCAAAAUGUUUUAUUUUCACUGUUUGGCAGAGAUGUUUAUUUAAAAAGAAGACAACGUGAGAUUCCCUGCAUGGCUCACCUGUGUGUCCGUGUGUGUGUGUGUGUGUGAGAGAGAGAGAGAGAGAGUGAGCGAGUGAGUGAGUGAGUGCAGGCUGUAUAUCGUGUUCAUGUUCCUGCUGUUGGUUCGUAUUGAGCUGUGUUCAUAUCGCCAUUGAGAAACGUGGUGUGCUUGCAGUGAUGCACCAAAAAACCACCUGCUCUAAAUAAAUGUUCAACACAAAUAAUAAUUCUAAGCUUUUUUCCCUUUCUUUAAAAAAAAAAAUCUUUUCUGACAUCAGCAGCAGCCUUUGUAUGGCACCGUGUAUACAUGCACACACGCCUAGUGGCAAUUUAGUGUAGCUAAUCCACGUACUGGCAUGUUUUGGGGUAGGAAUUCGUAAAAGCUGUGAAGCAAACCAAUGCAGCCAUGAGGUAGGGUGAUCAUACGUCCUCUUUAAAUUGGAUAGAAUGUGUAGCAUUUGGCUUUGCUUAACUUCCGACGAACCUUGGUUUCUGCCCGUAUGCUCCAUGGCGCCAUCCUGCCACA